GCAUUGCUACAAACUCACUCCGUGGUCUGUAAGCUGAGGGGAAUGUGAUAAUAAUUUAUUAAUUUUCAAUUGUUUUACGUAAAUAAGAUGCAGCUUCUUCUGUUAAGGUCAUAGUGCAAAGUGAACGUGAGCUAUGUGAGAUUGUUUUUGUGUUUAAUGCAUCAACAAAAUUAAAUAGCCGAAGAGACAACUGUAUCAGUUCUCUGUUAAGUAAAGAAGUUUUAUCAGACAACAGAAACACAGAUCUGGUUAAAAGUCUGCGGACCAAGAACAUGGACAACGAGCAACCGCAUCAAGAACUGGUGAAAUGCGUGGUGGUCGGAGACACGGCCGUGGGGAAGACGCGCUUAAUAUGCGCCAGGGCUUGCAACAAACACGUUUCACUGUCGCAGUUAAUGACCACUCAUGUCCCUACCGUGUGGGCCAUUGACCAGUACAGGAUUUACAAGGACGUAUUAGAAAGAUCCUGGGAAAUGGUCGACGGAGUGAACGUGUCGUUGCGUUUGUGGGACACAUUCGGCGAUCACGAAAAGGACAGGAGAUUUGCGUAUGGAAGAUCCGAUGUUGUCCUGCUGUGUUUUUCAAUAACGAAUCCUAUAUCGUUGAGAAACUGUGGAGCUAUGUGGUAUCCAGAAAUCAGACGUUUUUGCCCGAACACUCCGAUCCUGCUAGUCGGUUGCAAGAACGAUUUGCGAUACAUGUACAGAGACGAGAAUUACCUUAGCUACUGCAAGGACCGGAGCCCUUUCAUAAGGGCUCCAAGGAAAUGCGACUUGGUCAUGCCGGACCAAGGUCGAGCCUUAGCUCAUGAGUUCGGCAUUUAUUAUUACGAAACCUCAGUGUUCACAUACUACGGAGUGAACGAAGUCUUCGAGAAUGCCAUCAGGGCGGCGCUGAUGGCGAGGAGACAACAGAGGUUCUGGAUGACCAAUUUAAAGAGAGUUCAGCGGCCUCUUCAGCAGGCGCCGUUCAGACCACCUAGACCAGUGGAGCCCGAAGUCACUUUCGUCAGCAGUAAUUACCUCGAGAAUAUGACUAAUUUACUCCAUCAGCAGUAUUUUUCGGAUAUGGUGAUUAUAUGUGGAUCGAAGGGAUUCCCAGUGCAUCGGGUCAUGAUGGCGGCGGCUUGUGAGGUCUUCUAUCGCCUGCUGAUCAUGGACUGCGAGAGUCUCUCCGUUGACCUGGCCAGGAGCUCCAGCGAGAGCAGCAUGGUGAGCAGCAUGGGUGAGGCGCCAGCUGGUGAUCUCGAUGAAGAUACAGAGCAUUUACUCAAACAGGAUAUCAUCAAACAAAUGAGACUUUUAGAUCAGAUAAGACGUCGCUCUUCCUGUCAGAUAUUGCCACUGAGCGACGGUUGCAAGAAACCCCCCGAUCUCUACAGGGAGGUCAAUCACCCCGCCGUCAACUCGAUAAGGGUUGUCAAGUGCGACAAAUCUCAGCACGCCACAUCGCAGACUCAAACGAUAGCGACCAUGAGUAAGCUCAUCUCACAAAGGGUCAUGCAGGAGAUACUAAACUUCAUUUACACCGGAUCCAUGCAAUGCACUUCCGUGAAACGAGAUGAAAUACGUCAAGCGUCUGAAUUGCUCGGGAUCCCGGAACUGACGAGAACCAGUCAACUGAUCCUCACACAACAAAUGCUGUAUGAUGAAGCGUUCCUUCUGCAAUUCCACGUGUCAAUCACGAGACGUUUCCGUGAUAUGUACGUCGAGCGUAACACAUUCGCGGACGUGACUUUCGCCCUGGACGAUGGCAUACAUUUGGCCCAUCGCGCCAUCCUGAUGGCGAGGUGCGAUCCCAUGAAGGCAAUGUUCCAAGGGCAUUUCAGGGAAAGCAACUCCAGGGUGAUAUCGCUGCCAGGCGUGAAGAUAUACGCUUUCCACAUCCUCCUCUGCUAUAUGUACACGGAUAAGAUACCGAGCGUCGAAUCAGCAAGGUGCCUGGAGCUGCUGGAGCUGGCCAACAGAUUUUGCAUGAACCGUCUCGUCAAUUUGGUGGAGUAUAAAGUUAUCGAAGAGUUAAGACAUAAAGACAGAGUACGAGGACAUGAAGAUGAGGUUGUCGAAAUAGCGUUAUCCCUUUUGGAACCUGCUAAGUUGCACAACGCUCGCAAUCUGUCGGAUUGGUGCUUGUGGCGGCUGUGUGGCUCUUUCGACCGCGUGUGCCGCGACAAGACCCUCUCGCCCUCCGUGCGGGAGUACCUCGCCGAGAACCGGUGGCCUCCCGUCUGGUACGUCAAGGAAUUCGAUUACUAUCAAAAGUGUUUGAGCGCGCAGUCGAAAGAGAAAAAAGAAUUGGGUCCUACUACAUCGUUACGCACGAGCCAACAGACUGGCUGUUUAUGUUUUCCGAGUAAAGUAAGAAGAUCUAGCGAAACCGUAGUGGAGACACGCGCUUUGUGCUCUGCCGUUGCUCUUCCAGUCCAGGAGCCGCCGAUCUGACACAUGCCUUACUGGAGGUCACUCCGUUUCGCAGUGCUGCUACCCGCCUCCAUGUGCUUUAUGAGUACAAUACUGAUCAUACUAAUAGUAUUCCACAUUUACACUUAAACGGAAACUUGUCUGCAAUGUUAUUUCUUUAUUAUCGUUAUUAUAAGCCGCGGCAAUAACGAAACGAAUCUAAAAUGGCGGCGGCGAUCAUGCGCUCUCACUCUAAGCUGUUGUUGUCUUUAGUCGCACACGGCGUGUACUGCAUGCAAAAAAAAUCAGUUCUGAUUUUGUUGUUGAGUUCGAGUUUUUUCACUUUUGAGUUGUGCGACUUAGAUGACCGGCAGCAAAAGUGUCUAUGCAAGUUACAUCCCAGAUGAGACAACUCCCCUCUGCCAGGGCAUAAAGUAAAGUAAAGUACAUUCUCAUUUGUUUUUUUAUAUUUUUUUACAAUUUUUUUUUAUUGCUAGAUGAGUGGACGAGCUCACAGCCCACCUGGUGUUAAGUGGUUACUGGAGCCCAUAGACAUUUACGACGUAAAUGCGCCACCCACCUUGAGAUAUAAGUUCUAAGGUCUCAAGUAUAGUUACAACAACGGCUGCCCCGCCCUUCAAACCGAAACGCAUUACUGCUUCACGGCAGAAAUAGGCAGGGUGGUGGUACCCACCCGCGCGAACUCACAAGAGGUCCUACCACCAGUAAUUACGCAAAUUAUAAUUUUGCGGGUUUCAUUUUUAUUACACGAUGUUAUUCCUUCACCGUGGAAGUCAAUCGUGAACAUUUGUUGAGUACGUAUUUCAUUAGAAAAAUUAGUACCCGCCUGAGAUUCGAAGACCGGUGCAUCGCUCAACACGAAUGCACCUGACGUCUUAUCCGUUAGGCCACGACGACUUCAAACAACUUUUUCUUUCUAUAUUUCUUUUUAUUUGUUGACCCUACCAUCAGUCAGUGCAGGUACAUAGACGCCAUUUUCGAUUCGAUUCUUUAUUGGCGCGGCUUAUACAAAAAGUUUGUUUUGGUGUGUUUCCAACGGGAUACGUUAUUGGUAUUGUCGUAACAGCAGCGCGACGUUUGUUCUGACACUAUUCGACUCUCAACCAACUGCCGUGUUUGGUUUUAUUACCGAUAAAAUAUAUUUUUUUAUUAAGCAACUCGACUUACGUGUUCAUUUUCAGGAUAUGUUUGAAUGAAUGGACGUAAUGAUCAUUCAUUCAAACAAAAAAGUUAUUGUGUGCACAGUCAGUAAUAUGGUGUUCGUGUAGAACCAUAGAUAAUACACUUAAUAUUUAAUUGUAGAACAUGCCUAACCAUUAUGGAGGGUAGGUACGUAUUGAGAACUGUCAUAAAUGAGAGACAAUUGAAAAGUGUAGAGAAAAUUACCACUCAAAAACACACCAAAAUAGCGCUAGUGUCGCAAGUGGUGCGAUAUGAAUGUAGCAGCCGUAAACAGAGUGUCGUGUGUUGAUUUCGACAAUUUAAUGUCAAACUUUUGGCGCUGUUUAUGAAAAUGCACCGCUUGCUACGGUGGCGCAUCCCUAAUUGCUCGCAUUCCGAAGAACACUUUUUCAUACACCCAGAAUGUGAUACUUAUUUCUACCCUCCAUAUUCUUAAAAAACCAAUGUUGUAACCAUAAACUUUUGAAGCCAGCUUUAAGCACGUUUUUAAUUUCACGGCUGUUGGUUUUUUAUUACUACAUCGUUGUUGACGACACGUCAGUGGAUUAUUUCACGAUACUCGAAAAAUGUUUUAAUGAGAGAUAUUUCACGCGCCUUACUAUCGUCACUUAGUUUUAAGUUUAGGUAAUUUAAUCUAAAUAAGUAAUCAUUUUAUGUUCUUCAUGAAGAAUUAACAAAUUUUAGAAUUCUAUAUUUCCGAUAUUCUAUAUUCUAACGAAUAGGACAUAUUUUUCAGCACAUGUUUUAGAUCGGAAAAUAAUAAUUUAAUUUAAAUAAUAAUUUGGUUCUUUUUUGCAUAGCAUUUUCCAUAGCGUGUGGAAAAGAUAACAUUAUUUUUAAUUUAUCCUCUAAAAUUAUUUGGUUUCAAUAAUUAAGAUUAGUAUUAACCUAGUGAAGCUAAGCUCAAUUUGAUAGGAAUAAGAACUUCAUAGGGUUGCCACACAAAUUUACUUGUAAGUCACAUUCAAAUUUAGAUCUGGCUAUUUUUAAUAUGGCAAUUCUUGAGUUCUAGUGUCGCUAGUUUAUUGUCUUUUCGGCAAAAUACGUAAUCAUCAAAUUUUUCCAUUAUUUUUAUUAUUUCGUUUGUUCUAUGUUAAAUUCAUAACUAAAAUGCCUUUGCUAGAAGCGUUUUUAGGGAAACAUCUUCUAAUUCUGAGCCUUUUCUUUUUCAGACUUUUUUUUGUAAUUUAUAUAUUUUAGUUUAAUGUUAAAUUAAUUAAUCAUAUAUUUUUUCAUUGACAGUAUCUUGUAUUUUAAUCGGUAGCGAAAUGUUUAUUUAAGAAGCGUUUAUCGCCAUAUUGCUCUUUAGUCUGCUUCCUAUCAUUGGCAAUAUCGUUGGCUUCUAUGGCAUCGUUGAAGCUAAGAUUUAGAAUCAUUAAUUUACUUUAUGAUAAGUAUGUUUCAUUGUGAAAGAUGUGUGUAUGUUAAGUAGUUAAUUAUUUUAUUAUGUGAUAAAUUUAAUUUGUAUACAUUAUUCUAAUUUAGUAUUAAUGAUGUGUGAAAAUGAAGAAAACUAUGAAAAAAAAAACGAAUUUAAAAAUUAUAUAAAAAUGCGUAUAUUGCGUAUCUAAUUGUAAUUAUCGGUCUCAAAUUAGCUUUUGUAGGGUGUCUGUUCUUUUUUCAGUAUUAUUUGUUUUAAUUCUAUAAAAUAAAAUCUCUUAAAGAUUAACAGACGGGUAAAGAUACGGUAAAAUAAAUUUUUAAACAUGGAUAGAGAUUGGACAAAUUGACGGAUAUCAAAAAUGACAUGCGUCAAAAUUGAGUGACAGAUCAGUAGGAUAAAUUUAUUAUAGACGAUUUUUUAAUAAUUAUUAUUGAUACACUAAAACUGCUGUAUUUUUCACUAUUUAAAUAUUAAAGUAAAUUAAGUAAUA